AACCAGCAGACAGAUGUUACACAUGAUUUUCAUUUGAGAAAAAACAUCUGUGUGUAGUGAACACACACCCUACAAACGAUGCAAGCUGCAGCGAGCAGUAUGUUGAAGUGAAGAGACACAAAACUUCACAAAAGACAAACAACAACACAACACAUGCUCCGUGCUGGAGACAACACAGUAGUAGGGGGACUUUAGGACUCCCACGCGGACUUUGUCUCGUGUUUCCGUCGUGGUUCUCAGAGGUUAAGGUCAGUGAGUGACUAUGUUGUUGUGGGUCGGUGCAGCCCGGUUACUAGGCAGAGGGAGCACCCUGCUCCAGGAUCCGGUUAAGAGGAUUUGCAUAAACAUGUCGUCCUCCUCGGCCUCGGGUAAGAGGCUGCGGGUUCUGGUGGACAUGGACGGGGUCCUGGCGGACUUCGAGGGGGGGUUCUUGAGGAAGUACCGGGCCCGGUACCCGGAGGAUCCCUUCAUCACCCUGGAGGACCGGAGAGGCUUCUGGGUGUCCUCACAGUACGGCCAGCUGAGGAGCGACCUGUGUGAAAAAGCCAUCAGCAUCUGGGAGUCCAAAGACUUCUUCACAGAGCUGGAGCCGCUGCCAGGAGGAGUGGAGGCGGUCCGGGAGAUGGCCAACAUGGAAAACACAGAUGUCUUUAUUUGCACCAGCCCUAUAAAACAUUACAAACACUGCCCGUAUGAGAAGUAUGCCUGGAUAGAGAAGUAUUUAGGCCAUGACUUUCUGGAGCAGGUCAUCCUGACCAGAGACAAGACGGUGAUCAGCGGAGACGUCCUCAUAGACGACAAGCCGGACAUACUGGGUGUGGAGCCCAAUCCAACAUGGGAGCACAUCCUGUUCACUGCCUGCCACAACAAGCACCUGUCCCUCAGCCCCCCCCAGAGGAGACUCCUGUCCUGGUCGGACGACUGGAGGGCCAUGCUGGACAGCAAGAGGCAGUGAGCCCCGGCAGCUAGUCUUCCUGGUUAGUAGAAGAUGUUUUGGGGGUCACUAUGGCAACAUGACCACUCGGUUUGCAGCUGCAAUGCCAAAAAAGAACAAUAAAACUGGUUGGAUGCUUUACACAAAGCAGAAACCUGGUGCUCUCUGCUGGGAGGACUUUCACUUGUUUGACCACAAGGGGGCACCCUGAGACUGUACGUGAACCUUUCCACCAAUUUCACUGAAGAUACUGUAACAAAACAUUGAAAACUAACACAUGACGAGUCAAAAAAAGAGCAGAUGGAACUUGUUUUAAGCUGCUCUGUGUCUGCGUACUGUGUUUCAAGGGUCUUAUUUUGGACAAUUUUCCUUAUAAUCAUUUAUUUUUUAUUUUGGAGCCACUGGUUCGGCUUAUCUAGAGUCUUAUUUACAGAAGACCUGUCAGUAUUGACAGUACGGUGUUGUAUUAAUGAGUCAGUGUGAUUUACUCACAACAACAGGGCACUCCACUACACACUGAAAUUUACGGUCUCUAUGAGUCACAGGCGCCGGCGAGUGUGCAAUACAUAAGCAUACUGUAAGAAAAUGACUUAGAAUGACAACACUGUCGCUGUUAUGUCAGGUCAUUGUUUUACAUGUACUUUUUGGGAGAGUACUGCAAUGUGUCUUGGGUCACUGAGUACCACUUUCAUGUAUUUACAGUUAGAUUUAAAUAGAUAUCUCUUGUGGUUUUUAAAGAGCAGACACAUGGUGCUUUUUUUCUACGAAUGUCUUCUGUUUCAAAAUAAACUAUGCAUCUUCACUGAUACAAUGAUGGGAAAAAAAUGCACAAAUACGUAAUGCAUGUUGCCAAAACCAUCAUUACUGUUGAAUAUAUAGAAACAAUCAAAACCUGUCAAAAAAGUAGAAAAAAGUCUGAUGAAUAUGUUGUAAAUAUUAAAGGAAGAAAAUAGUUUAUUUGGGGUAGGGUAAGAUUUUAUUUUGAAAAAAGAAGGAAAGACUAAUUUCUUGGUGUUAGAAAAAUUAAAACAGAUGAUUUAUACUGUGACGCAAACGCCAUAUUUUAUUAAUUUCUUGUUUAAACUAACAAUUUGUCUAUUGUAAAUACACUAAAAUGAGAAAGUACCUCAAUAUAUCAAAAGUUAAUCAACAGCACCACAUUUAUUUAAGCAGUGGGUAUGAUUUAUGCUAGCUCCGAUAAAAUGCACAUGCAAAUUUGUUUUCCAUCAUUCUUCUUAUGUUUUAUCUUUGUAGCUUACUGGGUUAAAAAAUGAGUACCUCCAUAACACAAUACAAUCUGUUGUAUUUAUUUUAGCAUGUAAUUUGUGAUACAUUCAGAGUAAAAAGAAUAUACACACAAUUCUAUACAUUUAUGCCAUUGAGUCACAAAAGCCACAAAACUGUAUUUGUCUAUUUGAUCUAAGAAUAUAUUCUGUCUGAGUUGUAGGUCACUUACAAAUGUAUCUGUGCUGCUAAUGUGUUUUUUGGGAAUAAUAUAGUGGAUGCUGAACAUGUGUUAUGGCUGAUGUAUUUAGGGCUGAGUGCUGUGUUAUUGUGCCUAGUCUGAAAUGCUUAUUUCUGUCCAUGUGUUAUGUGUUCCACCUACACGCACAAAGAAAAUAAUAACAGAAUGACCAAGAUGU